AUGACUGACAGCGGGCAGCCUGCCAUUGCCGACCACUUUUAUCGGAUUCCCCGCAUCUCCGGCCUCAUUGUCGGCCUCUGGCCGCAAAGGAUAAGGGGCGGGGGCGGUCGUCCUUGGCACGCCCAUCUGCUCUUCGUGUUCGCCUUCGCCAUGGUGGUGGUGGGUGCGGUGGGCGAGGUGUCGUACGGCUGUGUCCACCUGGACAACCUGGUGGUGGCGCUGGAGGCCUUCUGCCCCGGAACCACCAAGGCGGUCUGCGUUUUGAAGCUGUGGGUCUUCUUCCGCUCCAAUCGCCGGUGGGCGGAGUUGGUCCAGCGCCUGCGGGCUAUUUUGUGGGAAUCGCGGCGGCAGGAGGCCCAGAGGAUGCUGGUCGGACUGGCCACCACGGCCAACAGGCUCAGCCUGUUGUUGCUCAGCUCUGGCACGGCGACAAAUGCCGCCUUCACCUUGCAACCGCUGAUUAUGGGUCUCUACCGCUGGAUUGUGCAGCUGCCAGGUCAAACCGAGCUGCCCUUUAAUAUCAUACUGCCCUCGUUUGCCGUGCAGCCAGGAGUCUUUCCGCUCACCUACGUGCUGCUGACCGCUUCCGGUGCCUGCACCGUUUUCGCCUUCAGCUUCGUGGACGGAUUCUUCAUUUGCUCGUGCCUCUACAUCUGCGGCGCUUUCCGGCUGGUGCAGCAGGACAUUCGCAGGAUAUUUGCCGAUUUGCAUGGCGACUCAGUGGAUGUGUUCACCGAGGAGAUGAACGCGGAGGUGCGGCACAGACUGGCCCAAGUUGUCGAGCGGCACAAUGCGAUUAUCGAUUUCUGCACGGACCUAACACGCCAGUUCACCGUUAUCGUUUUAAUGCAUUUCCUGUCCGCCGCCUUCGUCCUCUGCUCGACCAUCCUGGACAUCAUGUUGAACACGUCGUCGUUGAGCGGCUUAACCUACAUCUGCUAUAUCAUCGCGGCCCUAACGCAGCUAUUCCUCUACUGCUUCGGAGGCAAUCACGUCAGCGAGAGUAGUGCGGCUGUGGCGGACGUGCUGUACGACAUGGAGUGGUACAAAUGCGAUGCGAGGACUAGGAAAGUGAUUUUAAUGAUAUUGCGCCGUUCGCAGCGGGCAAAAACAAUUGCGGUGCCGUUUUUUACGCCCUCACUGCCAGCACUCCGAUCUAUACUCAGCACAGCCGGCUCAUAUAUCACGCUGCUAAAGACGUUCCUGUAA